AUGGCAGCGGUGCCCCAAUCGGAGAAUGAGUUUGACAAUUUAUUCGGAAAUCUGCCUGGCUUGCAGGACGAUAUAGAUUGUCAAUCCCACCCGGCGGACCUAGAACCCGCUGGCGCUGAACUUACAACAGUGAGCGAGAACCUUGGGGUGAGCAAUCCAUGGUUCAGCACAUACCUUAAUCCUGAAAUCAGCGAGUCAGCGCCACAGAGAGGGAGCAUUGGGACAGGCGAGGCGUGGUUCAGUACAUACCCAAAUUUGCAGCUCGGUGAGUCUGUGCCACAAGCAGGAAGCAUUGGGACAAGCGAAGCGUGGUUCGGCACAUACCCAAAUCCACAGCUCAGCGAGAGAGGCAGCCUUGGGAUAAGCGAUGCGUGGUUUAGCACAUACCCAAAUCCGCAGCUCGGCGAGUCUGUGCCACAGGGAGAGAGCAUCGGGACAGGCGAUGCGUGGUUCAGCACAUACCGAAACUCCUAG